AUGAGCGAAAGGCAGCGGCAGGAGGAGCAAAAGUACGGUAACAUUGACGACCUGGUUGCCAACUAUGCCAUGAUGUAUCCUGUUUUUUGUACUGCCAAAAUACCCCCAGAGAUUCUUAAUGAGUUCAUAGACGAGUCAUACGCAGGCAUAAUCGAUCUCCUUGCACCGGAUAUUGUCGACCCCGGUGCGUCCCCGUGUAUUCUCCAAACCACCGAUCUGGACUCAAUCACCCACGGCUCCCGCAAGCCAAUGCCAGACUUCGAGUCUCCCUUUCUGAACUGGACGGAUAAACAGGUCCGAGACUGGGCGACAAAGGAGUGGAAGCGCCAGCGUGAGUGCUUCGCCAUGAGAACAUUUACAAUCCUCGAUCAGAAUUCAAUCGACAAUAAGGUAUGCCGGGUAGGAUAUAUUAGCGUAAGGGAGGAAGAUGCCGAUUAUCGAAUGUUCCACGAGGUCUUUUAUGCUGACUUACGGAUAAGGAUUGCCUUGCAAGAAGCCGAGAUUAGCUGGACGGAAACAAUAUUGCGGGCGGAUGAAGUAUAUGACCGGAAGGUAAUGGAGAAGGAGGCUGCAGAUGUUGAAAAGAGACGUCAGGAGCUUCAGCAGAGCAAAAGCCAGUGA